AUUUAUUGAGUGCGGGACUUUGGGGUCAGGAAAGAUGGCGGACAUUUGGAAAACUAUGAAACAGAAUUUAACCGAUGAAAAUGCUUUUAAAGCAUUGCAAAAUUAUUAUAAUAACCAUAAACAAAAUUUAAAUAUGCGAGCAAUGUUCGACAAGGACUGUCAACGCUUUCAAAAAUUUAGUAAAACGUUGAAAUGUGAAGAGGGAGAUAUUCUUAUUGAUUUCUCGAAGAAUCUCAUCACUGAAGAAGUUCUAAACCUCUUAAUGAACCUCCUAAAAGCUAGAGGAGUGGAGUCAAUGAGAAAAGCAAUGUUUUCUGGUGAGAGAAUAAACAUAACCGAAGAUAGAGCUGUCUUGCAUAUUGCACUAAGAAACAAGAGUGGAAACCCUAUUAUUGUUAAUGGAAAAGAUGUGAUGCCGGACGUUCAGCGUGUGUUAGCACAAAUGAGAUCGUUCUCUGAUAGAGUUCGUAACGGAACUUGGAAAGGUUGGACCGGUCAAACAAUAAAAGAUGUUGUAAAUAUCGGUAUCGGAGGAAGUGAUUUAGGUCCACUUAUGGUAACUGAGGCAUUAAAACCAUAUGCAGAUGGGCCUACAGCUCAUUUUGUUUCCAAUAUUGAUGGAACUCACAUGUGUGAAACGUUAAAGAAACUUAAUCCAGAAACAACACUCUUUAUUAUAGCUUCUAAGACUUUCACAACUCAAGAAACCAUAACUAAUGCUGUGACAGCAAAGGAAUGGCUUCUAAAGUCGGCAAAGGAUCAGUCUGCUGUUGCAAAGCAUUUUGUUGCUCUGUCAACAAACAAGGAGAAAGUAACCGAAUUCGGAAUUGAUACAGCAAAUAUGUUCGAAUUUUGGGACUGGGUUGGUGGCCGUUAUUCGUUAUGGUCAGCCAUUGGUUUAUCAAUUUCUUUGGCUAUCGGUAUGGAUAACUUUGAGAAACUUCAAGCUGGUGCGCAUUUUAUGGAUAAUCACUUCCGUGAUGCACCAUUGGAAGAUAAUAUACCAGUUAUCUUGGCUGCUUUAGGAGUCUGGUAUAUAAAUGUUUUAGGAGCUGAGUCGCAUGCUUUACUCCCGUACGAUCAGUACCUACAUCGUUUUGCUGCCUAUUUCCAACAAGGCGAUAUGGAAUCAAAUGGAAAAAGCGUCACUCGCUCAAAUGCUAAAGUCUCCUAUAAUACAGGACCUAUUGUUUGGGGUGAACCUGGUACAAACGGACAGCACGCUUUCUAUCAGCUCAUUCACCAAGGAACUAGAAUUAUACCUGCCGAUUUCAUUGCACCAGCUGUCUCGCAAAAUAUGUCUUUAAGAGAUGGACUACACCAUCGUCUUCUUUUGGCUAAUUUCCUGGCCCAAACUGAAGCUCUUAUGAAGGGUAAAACCAGAGAGGAAGCGACCGCCGAAUUGAAAAAGUCUGGUAUGACUAGUGAACAGUUGAAUGCACUCGUUCAGCAUAAAAUGUUUGAUGGAAAUAAACCAUCAAAUUCGAUUGUCGUCCCUCGUAUAACUCCAUUCACUUUGGGAGCUUUAAUUGCUAUGUACGAGCACAAGAUAUUCGUUCAAGGAGUAGUUUGGGAUGUCAAUUCGUACGAUCAAUGGGGAGUUGAACUUGGAAAACAAUUGGCUAAAGCCAUUGAACCGGAGCUUGUUGGAGGUGCUAAAGUUAGCUCGCACGACUCGUCUACUAAUGGAUUAAUCAACUUUAUUAAAGAUAUUCAGGCCAAAUUCUAA